GUUGAUGGAAUUGACCAGGACGACAUCGACAACCACCAACUAACACCGCCAAUCGACAGACAUGGCACCCAAGGCUGAGAACAAGAAAGCCGCAAAGCCCAGCGCCAAAGCUGGUGCCGCUGCGAAAGCGGUGCUUAAGGGUGUUCAUUCGCACAAAGUCCGUAAGAUCCGGACAUCAACAACCUUCCACCGGCCAAAAACCCUCCAGCUCUCGCGGUCGCCCAAGUACCCGCGCAAGUCCAUUCCUCAUGAAACCCGCCUCGACCACCACAAAAUCAUCGUCCACCCCUUGAACACUGAAAGCGCCAUGAAGAAAAUCGAGGAAAAUAACACGCUUGUCUUCAUCGUUGAUGUUAAAGCCAACAAGAGACAAAUAAAACAGGCUCUGAAGACCCUUUACGAUGUCGACACUGUUAAGAUUAACACCCUCAUCAGACCCGAUGGCACGAAAAAGGCGUUUGCGAGAUUAACCCCUGAUGUCGAUGCUCUUGACAUUGCGGCGACGAAGUUGGCGAUUGUUUGAAGCGGUUUUUUGUUAUUCCUCUCUUCUGUUACAGUUACGGGAUGUUGCGGGUGAAAUUUCUCUUUUUAUAUCUUAAAAAAUUAUUCGGUGGCUUCAGAAAUGCUACAGUCAUUGAAAUGUGAAUGAAACCCAUGUUUUCCCUUUUUUU